AUGGCUCUGUAUAUUGGUAUUGUUUAACAUCUACGAGUGGUAUAAAGAUGCAUUGAAGCUGUAAGAAUAUUUGCUACGAGGAAUGGAUUGGAGAUCAAUGGAGAGGACAUCCUACAUAAUUCAUUAGCAACACUUUAUUUCGGUUCAAUUCAUCUGCUUCUAAUUCUGUCAGGUUUAGUGUGAGAAUACAUUGCAGGAACCUAUUUUGUCUUGAGCUGUUUUCAGCUGUUAUUUCUUCUUUCCAUGUCUUUGGCAAUGUUUUGAUUCCAGGUCUCCUGUAAAGAAGUUCCUAUGUUCCCUCUUUGCUGUGAUAAGAAGAAAAUCGGGGACGGUAUCAAUUCCUGAAGUUGUCUGAAUCAGUGGGAAAUUACAGGCUGGAUUACUCUGGAACUGAAUAUUUGGAUAUCAUACCGAUGAACAUAUGGGCUUUCAUAAAAUAUGUGAUCUUCUCGGAAUCAGGAUGUUCAGCUGCCCUUGUAUUUGUUUCGUCGCAAAUCAUUUUGACCUAGAUGAGUCUAGACAGUUUCAGCACCCAUACGACACUGGUUGGGCCAUGGGGAGGCCAUGAUGGAUCCUAUUGGGAUGACGGCGUGCACUCCACAAUAAGACAGCUGGAGAUAUCUCAUGGAACUGCAGUGGAUUCGAUCCGGAUUGAAUAUGACAGCAAUGGUAGAUCAGUCUGGUCCGAAAAACAUGGGGGCAAUGGAGGGUUUACAACCAACAAGAAGAGAAUGGAGUUAUUUCUCAUGAAGGGAUUUUGGGUUUCCACUGUGUAUCAGAUCAAGCUCGACUAUCCGGACGAGUUUCUAACAUCAAUGCGCGGACAUUACGGGAGCAUGCAUGAAUGGGGAAACGGACCAGUGAUUAUCCGAUCACUUACCUUCGAGAGCAACAAAAGGACGUAUGGUCCUUAUGGAGCUGAGCACGGGGCAUAUUUUACAGUUCCUCGAAUGUCAGGCAAGAUUGUCGGAUUUCUUGGCAAGUCCGGCUCGUUCCUGGAUGCCAUUGGGUUGUAUGUCGAGCCUAUCCAGAGCCAUGUAGUUUCGAACUCCAUAUUCCGGUCUCAGCAAUUUUCUGCUCAAGGAACUAACGAGAGGUACGAGUACUCGAUGAUCCAGGGAAGUCUUGGCCCCGACUACGAUCUCAUUGUCGCUGUCAGACAAAAGGAUGCGUGGAGAAGUCAUCAACCAAAUGAUCCGCCGAAGCAUACUUCUAAUGACUUUAGUCUUUCGGAUUUAAACAACGAGAUUGUUACCACUGCUCCCAAGAACGAAAAAGGCGUAGUGAUGAGCUACGGACCCUGGGGUGGAUCGGGAGGCAGUAUGUUCGACGAUGGAAUCUAUGAUGGCAUACGACAAAUUAGGAUAUCCCGCAACGUGGGAAUUGUCUCGAUCAGAGUUUGCUACGAUCAAAACGGACAAUCUGUUUGGGGAAGCAGGAAUGGCGGCAAAGGAGCAUUCAAAUCCGAUAAGAUUAUCUUAGACUAUCCAUCGGAAGUAUUGACGCACGUUACAGGCUACUACGGGCCAACGAUUAUCAUGGGGCCGAAUGUGAUCAAAUCACUUUGUUUCCACACGACGAAGGGAUACUACGGUCCCUAUGGAGAAGAAGAAGGCGAAUUCUUUUCGACAAAGUUGAAAGAAGGAUCGAUGGUGGUAGGAUUCCAUGGCCGGACAGGACUGUUUCUUGACUCGAUCGGCGUCCAUGUUCUUGAAAUCAAAGGGAAGCCUACUUCUAGUACUUCAGCAGCUGUAGUUUCUCCGACAUCAAAUCCCCAAAUGUCUGCGCCAAGUCCCUUCCCAAAAUCCGGCAAGCAAAUCGCAGUUUCAGCUAACAAAGCAGAGAAUUACCAGUGGCCUUUCAAAAUUGGAAAAAAGGCGCAAACAGAGGAGGUUAACCAGAGGCUGGUGAAAGAUCCGGCCCCCUAUGGGCCGGGGCCGUGGGGGGGCGAAGGUGGGAAGCCAUGGGACGACGGAGUCUUCACCGGGAUCAAACAGAUCAUCCUGACUAAAACAGAUGCCGUCAGCUGUAUCGAAAUAGAGUACGAUCGAAGCGGGCAGUCUGUUUGGUCAGUGAAGCAUGGCGGCGCCACCGGAGAAACUGCACACCGGAUAAAAUUGGACUACCCUCAUGAAGUGUUGACGUGCAUUAGCGGAUACUAUGGCCCUGUCAAGAAUGAUCAAGGAAAAGGGGCAAGAGUGAUCCAGUCCUUGAGCUUCCACAGCAGCAGGAAGACAUACGGCCCGUUCGGGGAACAACUGGGGACGUACUUUGAGUCGGGCACGACUCAGGGGAAGGUUGUCGGGUUUCACGGGAGGAGCAGCGUGUAUCUAGAUGCGAUUGGAGUGCAUAUGCAGCAUUGGUUGGGGACUCACAGAUCAUAUAAACCCCAAUCUAUUAUGAAGAUUUUCUCUAAAGAUCCUUAAACUUGACAUCUGUUUGAGGUAAACUUCUUCCUUCACUUGUUACUGCCUGGUUUUUCUUUUGUUGUCAUUUUGAGACCAUUUCUAAAUCACUGGACUUGAUAUACUUGUGGUACGAUUUUUGAAAAAAUACACAUGUUCUAGCGUUA